AUGAUGAGCAGUCGAAUACGAACAAUUGUGCUAUAUCGCAGAAACAUCGAUACACCAAAACCUUCAAGUUCAAAUUACUCGCAACAACCAUCGAGACACCCGCUGGGUUUCAGUAUUGUAGGUGGCAUCGAUUCACCGCGUGGUCCCAUGGGAAUCUUCGUCAAAACUGUCUUCGCCGAUGGAUUAGCAGCAAAAAGUGGCCUUGUUUGUAAAGGGGAUGAAAUUUUGAGUGUUAAUGGAGUGGAGCUGAAUGGAAAAACGCAUGCAGAAGCGUUACAAAUAUUCAAGAGAAGUGCAAAAAUUGAUGUAACUCUUUGCAUUCGUCGAAACAUUCCUAAUUCGUCGAAACAGAAUAGAAUCUUCGAUUACACCGAAACAAAUCAAAAAUUGACGACAGCUAAUGAUAAAUACGAAGGUGUUAAGAAAUGCGUUACACAUGCAUCGUCAGAAACAUCAAGAAAUACCGCAUGCCUGAGAUGCCGGAUUCUGAUCCGAAGUCAACAACGGAAAAUGUAUGGUUGUCCGAAUGCUAAUGCUUUUGUAAGAGCAAAGCGUGCACUCGGCAUUAAGUACGAGCUGAUGCGCAAACAAAUCAUUCUUCGACGAUCAGCGCCAUCGGAACGUCUCGGUCUCGGGAUUGCCAUUGAGAGCGAUGAUAACGAUAACAAAGUGAUUUGUGUACGUGUAGAACAAGUGGAUCCAUGUUCCAUUGCUUCUCGAAGUGGCUUACAAGUUGGUGAUCGAGUAUGGAGUGUUGCUGGUACUGAUGUUCAUCAGUGCACUCGAACUCAAUGCUUGUCACUUUUGCAGCAACCAGCAAUGACUGUUGCUAUGAUUGUCACUCGACAAAAUAUGCUAGUUUUUGGAAAUUUUAACUAA